AUGGCGUUGAGAAAGAAGACUUCAAAGAGAACCUCUACCCGUUUGAGAGAAGGUAUAAAGAAGAAGGCAGCCGCUCAUAGACGUAAGGAGAGAAAGUUAACCAAGAAAGAUCCAACAUGGAAGUCGAAAUCCAAGAAGGAUCCUGGUAUUCCAUCUUCUUUCCCCUACAAAGGUAAAAUUUUGGAAGAGAUUGAACAUGCUAAAGUGAAGUCCCUUGAGGAAAAGGAAAUAGCUAAGCAGCAGAAAUUAGAAGCUAAAAGAAGAGCCAUGGAAGCCGGUGAGAUGGAUGAAGAUAUGAAUGAAGAUGAGGAUGAAGAGGACCAAAACGGUCUUGCUGCCCUUGUGGAAUCAGCUCAGCAUGCUGCUGAAGAGUACGAGGAUGCCAAUGGUGAACCUGAUGCUAUGGAUGAAGAUGACGACAAUCUCGAUGUGAUUAAUUACAAUGUUGACUUCUAUGGUGAUAGUGAAGAAGGUGAUAGUGAGUUAGAUAAAUCCAGGAAAGCAUAUGAUAAAAUUUUUAAGGCAGUGGUGGAUGCUUCUGAUGUUAUUCUUUAUGUGUUGGAUGCUAGAGAUCCCGAAGGUACAAGAUCUAGAAAGGUGGAAGAAGCUGUUUUGCAAAGUCAAGGUAAGAGGUUAAUUCUUCUAAUAAACAAGGUCGAUUUAAUUCCACCUUACGUUUUAGAACAAUGGUUGAAUGUUUUGAGGUCAAGCUUCCCCACUAUUCCUCUAAAGUCCGCACCUGGUGCUACGACAGCUACUUCCUUCAACAAAAAGUUAAGUCAAAGCGUCACCGCCAAUGCUUUAAUGGAGAGUUUAAAAAAAUAUGCUACCAAUAACAAUUUAAAGAGAUCUAUUGUUGUAGGUGUCAUCGGUUAUCCAAAUGUGGGUAAAUCUUCUGUCAUUAAUGCUUUGAUUUCCCGUCGUAACGGUUCGUCUAAGGCAUGUCCCGUGGGUAAUGAAGCAGGUGUCACUACUUCUUUAAGAGAAAUUAAAGUCGACAACCGAUUAAAGAUUUUGGAUUCUCCAGGUAUUUGCUUCCCUAGUGAAACCAAGAAAAAAUCUAAGACUGAUCAAGAGGCUGAGCUGGCUCUUCUCAAUGCCUUGCCACCCAAGCACAUCGUUGAUCCAUAUCCUGCUGUUUUAUUACUUAUUAAAAGAUUGUCCAAAUCUCCUGAAAUGACUGAAGAUUUCAAGAAACUCUAUGAGUUACCACCGAUCCCAGCCGGUGAUGCUGAUACAUUUACCAAACACUUCCUAAUUCACGUCUCACGUAAGAGGGGUAGAUUGGGCAAGGGUGGUGUUCCCAACAUGGCUAGUGCAGGUUUAUCAGUAUUGAACGAUUGGAGAGACGGCAAGAUCAAGGGAUGGACUCUUCCUAAGGCCUCUAAGGAUGCUGUAACGCACUCUCUUAACGCUGGUCAACAACAGCCUCCUGAGAAGGUCGAACAGGCUACCAUGGUCUCAGAGUGGUCAAAGGAAUUCGAUUUGGAUGGGUUAUUUGCAUCUCUUGACAGUGCUAUUGACGCUGAAAAGAAAUAA